CCAACUGCAAUGGCCUCCUCCAGCAAAGCUACAAUUGAUACGGUUGACAUAGUGGUGAUCGCGGUCUACUUUGUUCUGGUCCUAGCUGUCGGUAUUUGGUCCAUGUGCCGCUCCAACCGCAGUAACGUGAGUGGAUACUUUUUGGCUGGAAAGGACAUUGUUUGGUGGCCGGUCGGGGCUUCGCUCUUCGCCAGCAACAUCGGCAGCGGCAGCUUCAUCGGCCUGGCCGGCACCGGAGCAGCAUCUGGCAUCGCAGUGGCCGCAUAUGAGCUGAGCGGUCUCUUCACGCUGAUUUUGUUGGCUUGGAUAUUCGUUCCUGUGUACAUCACAUCUGGGGUGGUCACGACUCCUGAGUACCUGCAGAAGAGACAUGGAGGCAAGAGGCUGCGGGUUUACCUCUCCUUCCUGAACCUCAUCCUCUGCAUCUUCACCAAGAUCUCCUCUGAUAUGUAUGCAGGGGCUAUUUUCAUUCAACUUACACUGGGCUGGGACCUCUACACAUCUAUUCUUGUGCUGCUGGGUAUCACCGCUCUCUACACAAUCACAGGGGGACUGAAGGCUGUGAUCUACACAGACACCUUCCAGCUGGUCAUCAUGCUCGUGGGCAGCUUUGUCCUCAUGAUCCUCAGUUUCAUGAAGGUGGGCAGCUUUGAGGAGCUGCAACUCCGCUACUCUAGGGCCAUGCCAAACGUCACGCUCGCAGGGAACACGACCUGUGGAACCCCGCGGUCCGACGCCUUCCACAUCUUCCGCGACGCCACCCAUGGAGACUAUCCCUGGCCUGGUGUAGUGUUGGGCAUCCCCAUCCUCUCUGCCUGGUACUUCUGCACUGACCAGGUUCUGGUGCAGAGGUCAAUUUCAGCCAAGAACCUCACGCACGCCAAAGGCGGGUCGGUGCUGGCGGCCUACUGCAAGUUCCUGCCUCUCUUCCUCCUCAUCUUGCCAGGAAUGAUCAGCCGUGUGCUUUUCACAGAGGAGGUGGCGUGCGCGACGCGGGAGACCUGCCUGGAGGCCUGUGGGAACCCUGCCGGCUGCACCAACAUUGCCUAUCCCAAGCUGGUGGUGGAGCUCAUGCCUCCAGGGCUGAAGGGUGUCAUGCUCGCGGCUAUGAUGGCUGCCUUAAUGAGCUCGCUGACGUCCGUCUUCAACAGCAGCAGCACCAUCUUCACCAUGGACUUGUGGGCUCGCCUACGGCCCCGCGCGAGCGAGCGAGAGCUCAUGAUCGUCGGCAGGGUCUUUGUGUUGGUCUUGGUGGGGCUGAGCAUCGCGUGGAUCCCCGUGCUGCAAGCCUCACAGAGCGGGCAGCUUUUUGACUACAUCCAGUCUGUGACAGGAUACUUCGCUCCACCCAUCCUCAUGGUCUACCUGCUCUCCAUCUUCUGGGAGGGAUUCAAUGAGCAGGGCGCCUUCUGGGGUCUCAUGGCUGGCUUUCUGACGGGCGUCAUCCGCAUGGGGCUUGACUUUGGCUACGGAACGCCGGCGUGUGGCGACCCGGAUCCGCGGCCUCCUGUGCUGGCUCGCGUGCACUUCCUGCACUUCACGGUGCUGCUCUUCGUUCUCGUGGGCGCCGUGAUGGUGGCCGUGUCGCUUGUUACCCGGCGAUCGGCGGGAACGAAGAGGGACCUGGCCGGUCUGACAUGGUGGAGCCGAUGGAAUGUAGGUGCGGGCACCUCUGCGGACGCGUCUGGAAAGGACUCUCCCGGCCGUACGGAUGGCGAUGACAACCCCACAUUCACGAUGGACGUGAGUGGCUCGGCAGCUCACCUACAGGACAACGGCAAAGACCGGGAGACCCUCGGAGAGCAGGAGCUCGAACUGAGCAUCCACUCAGAUGCCGACACCGACAAAGGGAAGCAGAGCCGACCAGGAGUGGCCAGGUGGCUUCUGCACGCCGGCACGUGGUUCUGCGGCCUCUCAGGGUCCUCGACGGCCCCGUCCAGCGGAGGGGAUGACCCCAGAGCUGUCGUCGGACCCGAGUCCAUCCGCGAGACGCGGACGUGGCGACGUGUGGCCGACAUGAAUGCGCUGCUCAUCGCGGUGCUCGGAAUCUUCGUUUGGGGGUUCUUUGCAUGACAGGCAGCAGGGAGCAGGGAGGGGGCUGGUACUGUAUGGUGGCUGAGUCCCCAUAUUAAAAAAUGUCACUAUCGUAAUUAACACCAGUGACGGUUUUUCUGCAGCGUUCACCAGUUGGGAGUGUAACGUUUGUUGAAAUUUAGAUUAACAUCGACUCUGUUGAUGUCGCCCUUUUAAACAUGGACCCGUUUCAGCAGUGUUCUUCACUCGUUAUCAGAGGGGCGUCACUUUUGCCGAUAAGACAUCAUCAGUGUGAGGGCCGCUACGCCACCCUGCCACGAUUUGUUGUGUAUUGUCGGGGGCCUCGCGUCAGGGACCGCACUAAGGGGCCGUCCAUAAAUGACGUCACGCGAUUUUGGACGAUUUUUUACCCCCCCCCCCCCCUCGUCACACAAAGUCAGACCCCCUCUGAAAUAUGAUGUCACAAAGCUCUGCCCCCCCCCAAACCAUAUUUCCAUUUUAAAAAUAAAACAUGCUUUAAAUCGCUUUAAACUAUUGUCAUUGUAGUGUGUAUUUCAUGUGGCGCUGCACUCUGAUGUUGUAGAAGAAAACACGCAUUAAAAAGGAGGCGUUGGAAAGCUUAAAUUUAGCAUAAAAUUCACUUGAAAAUAUUCGUCUAACUAAAACUGCAGAUGUUCAGAAAAUUAUAUUGAAAUUAUCUUAUAAUUAUAAAAUAUUAAAAGUAAUUAUAACUAUUAAAAAAAUACUUGAAGCUUUGUAGUAAAACGAAGCAAAAUUGAGAGUACAAUUAUCACAAGCACAUAUUUAUUCCACAGAAUGAAAAGCCUUGGGAGAAUCAUUAGAGUCAAAAUGUUGAAUAACAAUCAUCAAAAAAUGUUCAAAAUGUAUGCUUCUCCAUUCUCCCAUGGAGAAGCAAAAUGCUCCUUCAUGGAAUAAAUAAAAGGUGACCUUAGUAAAUUUUAAUAACCAAAUAGUUAAUAACAAGGCCGUAUUAAAUUUCGAUUUAAAGCUUUCGUGACUGCAGGGAUUCAUCUUAUUGGUUCUUUCGGUAAAGUCACG